CUAUUUCAGAAAUUCACUCUCUAACCUCAAUGUCCUCCAUUUUGAAGGCUCUAAUUACAAAGGCUCGUUAUGCUAUUGGUAUCGGAACCUUUUUUUUUUUUUUUUUUUUUAACUCGUUACAAACUCAUUAAUUUUCAAACUUUUAAACUGUGGUCCGGUUAAUUUUCUGCGUAAAGCCGGUUGAUACCCAAACUCGGCGUACACCUCAACACAGUUAAGUGUUGACGUUCUCAGCUUUGCAGUUUUCUCCGGUUUCACAUGCUGAUAUGGAUAGCUGCCGUACGUGUGUGCGUGACAUGUCGAAGGAACACAAGGGUUGUACAUAGACAAAAAGUGUUUCGGCGUUUCUAGUAUGCAACACAUGAAAUCUAUCCCACACAGAUUGAGACGCAGCUGCUGCAUCACGAGGGCUUGAAUGGGGAGAUGUGGUGCUACCAAAAACCGGGGUUUGAAGCCCUCCUCCUCGCUGAGCUGCAGAAACAGCAACAGUGCAGUCAGUUCUGUGACACUCUGCUCAAGACAGAAGGCAUAUCAGUACCAGCACACAGUUGCAUUCUAUCAGCCAUCAGCCCCGACAUCUCCUCCGCUCUGUCCUCCGCCCCCCCACUCCCUGCAGGACAGACCCGUCUCUUGGAGUUUCGGGCUCUCGGCGCCUGCACCCUGCUUCGCAUGGUCAGACUGUUAUAUUGUGGGGAGAUGGCAGGAGAGGGCGAGAAUGAAAAGCAAGAGGCUAUUUCGGCUGCAGCCAAGCUGGGCAUCCAUGGGCUUGUGGAGGUCACAAAAAGAGAUUGUGAGAGCGGAAAAGAGGAAGAAGAAGGCUGCCACACGGAGGUAGGAGUGCAGACGGAGUUGCCGAUGCCUGAUGAGAAUGGGAGAUGGAGCAAGUGGAGGCGAGAAGUGAGGUAUGGGAGCACCUUCCUGUGGAAAGAGACACUGUCAGAAGGUGAAAAAGAAACAUGGACUCAGACAGAUGAGCAGCAGGUAAACACGGGUCCCCCUUCUCACCCAGCAGCCUCCUUUGAGACCAUUGAUAUGGCUGCUUUCCAGAAUUUUGGAAUGACAGACUCCCAUGUUGUUCUCCCCGACAUUCCCUACAUCCCCACAUCCCUCAUCUACCCACCACAUGAAAACCAACCACACCAACCCCUAUCUGCUUUCAUAGACUCUAUGCAAGAAUCCACAGCAGCUGAACACACAUCUGUGCCUGUUGUGGUACCCCCGCAUGACUUUGUCCCCCCACCCCUCCUUCCUUUUACCAGCCAAGCAACCUCGUGUGGUGCUGCCUCUCAGAGCGGGGCUGCUGCCCCUAAGGGAGCUUCCAGAAAUGUUGCAGCGGCGGAAGAAUGGGAGGAUGAGCAGUUAGAGCAGUUUCAAGGCAACAUCCCAGGAUAUAUCAGCUACUUCCUGAAACCAGACAAAGAGGAGGGCUGCUGCGGGGGGCGAGCGAGGAGUAGGCAGGGAGCAGGGGUGAGAGGUGCCAGGAGAGCCGGGACGGGUGAGAGUCAAGCCAGGAAACCACGAGCAAGAACAGGAGGGAGAGGAAGAGGAGGGUUAACUCAGACAGUGGACGUGCAGGAGGUGGGGGUGAGCAGGUUGCAGAAGUUGUUCCUUCAGAGGUGGGGGCUGAGGGCAUCCAUGACGGGUCAGGGAGGAGGAGCUGCAGGCAGGAAGUUGCAUCUGAAGACCAGAGAGCUUCUGAAGCCAGCCAAGGGGAGAAAACGGCGCAGCAAAGGGUGGGAGUUCAGCCAGAGUGGAGAUGUGCCGCCGUACAGGGAGAGAGGAGGUAACACGCAGCGUGGGAGGAGUACAACGCAGCCUUGUAACCAGGGUGGUCUUCCUGUUGGCAGGGUUGGGAGGGCGAGGGCCAAACCAACAACAUCAGUUUCAUUUUCUUCCCCUCACUUAACGUGCUCCGACACUCAAACCUUAUCUGUAUUCAGCCCCGCCCUACAGCCUUCCUCGUCUCCUGGCCUGCUGUCUGCAGCCUCUUCAGCCCUCCUCCAAAGCACAUCCCUCCCUCCUCCAUCUCAUGAGGAUCAUCCUGAACACUUUGAUCGUCUGCUGGAGGAAGUGAUGAUGGGCCUUGACAUUUUACCAAACAACAACAACAGUGCUCUACAUUCUCAGCCUCCUCUUCCAAAUGCAGGUUUUCAUGGGUCCACGCAUGUUGUUGCUGUAGCAAGAGGAACUGGCAGCUCCAGCUCUGCAAUCAGUGAGAUGCCCGUUUUACAGCAGCAGGGAGAGGGAGAGCUUAACGAGAUGCUGGACCACUUCCUCCAGUCCUUUGAGAAGCACGUUGACAGCUGUACUGCCAGUGAUGAGGUGGAGAUGUGCGGUCAAAGCUGCACGGAGGCUAGUCAGCCUUACACUGUCCUCCGCACAUACAAAAAAAACAAGACCCCUCAUACCCCUCGUCUACAAAAUAAAUACACAGUGCAUCCAGCCAGAUACUCUCAAAUAUCUCCACUUCAACAAAGAGAGGAAACCAAAACAGUGCAGAGAUGUUCACAGCCACGCAAGGCAUCUGCUUGCAGUGCCGCUCCCCCCAAACACAGUGAGCGAUCACAGGGGAAAGUCAGAGCGCCAGCGAAACGACAGAAAAAAAGGAUGAGGAAGACAGUGUCAUCGAGUGACGCAAAGACCAAAAGCAUUCGUGACCGAGGAGACGAGCAGCUAAAGCGGAUGCCUGUAGUGAAACUGGAGAGGAGUGGCCCGCUGCCAGCCCAAGUUACACUGCACGAACCCAGCUGUCCAGAAGUCCAGGUAAACUGGCAAAAACAAAGACCGGUGCAUCAUCGCGGAAAUACCCACGUGACAGCUUGUCUAAAAGGGUUCAGCCAGCCUCAUGGAGCACAAAGAUGUACCCAAUCAGGAGCAGGUUUAGAGAAGCACAUUUCAUGCCUGCCCUUUCUUAAUGAGCCACUUCUGAACAAACGGCCACCCUCAGCAGGCCGACCAAGACCAGGCAGGCCAAAGAAAAAUGGACAAAUUCUCAGUUUUACUACUGGUGAGAGUUCAACACCACCAACUCAGCCACAGCCUGUGGAGCCCAGUUGCACGGAUGAACAACCAGAGAAAAACCAAGCGAGACAAGAAGAAGAAUUGGCUGUCCAGCCACAUGAAGAGGCGGAGGCACCUACAAGGAGGGUAGAGAAGAGGGGAGCAGAGUCAGAGGAGAAGACAAGGGAUGUUGUCCCUGUGGCCAAGAGGGUUUGCUUUGAGCGAAUGGCCCAGCUGACCUCUGGAACAUGCACACCAAGCGCUGAAUAUUCCGACUUUGUCUCUGAACCAGCAACCAGAGAGCUACAGGACGUGUCCAGUCUAGGAGAUUGCUUACAAAGAGAACAGCGGGAGGAAGAACCAGUGGGGAGAGAAAUCAGUCUCAGGGAAACUGUGGGAAGUUUGACGGACGAAGAGAUGCACCGCAGCAGCGAUGAGAUCAUCGACGUGGAGGGCCCGACUCUGUCACCUUUUGUCAAAGUGACGCCUUCUGUUUCACCCUCCUCACAUUCUGCCAAAGAGCUCAGUCUGGGGUGGACGGGCAGCUGGGACGACGACGACGAGGACAUUGAUGUGAUUGGCGGUUCCAGUCCCGCUCCUCCUCCGGUGAUCAUCAGCUGGACAGAGUCUUCAGAAGAGGAAGUAGAUGAGGAUGUGGAUGUUGUCGGUGAAAAGACAGACAUGGCCUCAUCUGCGGUUGUGUCUACCGUGAGUAAAGGUGAGCUCGUUAACAGCAAUUAUCAGACCGAGGUGCUCUUCCAUUACCCUCUGUGACUCGCAGUUUUCUUUUCCACCUGUCUACUUUAGUUUGUGUUAUUUCCAACGUUUCCCAGAAGACAUUCCGGAUUCCUCCAUUUGUUUAAUUUAGUGAGUUGCAUGGCAGGAAGAGUGAUAUAGAUCAGUAGAUAUGUUCAGCAAAGUUUGUUUUAACUGUCAAGUGUUGAAAACAAGACUAACCACGCAGUUUAGAAAGAGGUUAGCUGCAAAGAAAAUCAGGUUCAUGUACCAUCAAAGGAAUUCAGUGUUUUUAUUAGUUGUGAAUAGGACUAUGACUGUAUUAGUUGUAAAUAUGAUUAAUAAUGUCAGCCUCUGUUCUGCCACAGUUUGUAAAUGUUCCAGGAAACGUGUGUCUUCCGAGUUUUACUCUCAGGUUAUGUUUGAUAAUGUUCCCCGUGGCGCUGAUUUCUAGAAUAAAA